GUGUAGCCUACUGUAUAUAAGACGGGUCCUCUUUCCGCAAACCACCACUGGACCUCCGGAACUCUGCAAAGCCACAGAUACAAAGACAACCCAGAGUUUCCCUCAUCUCAAGGUACGGCCCCUGCCUUCGCUCGACCUGACCGAAAUGUCUGACCCGAAUGCUCAGAGACAGAUCCCGCAGCCCCCCCCCACCGAGGCGAGAGUCCUGGUGAUCUACACCGGAGGGACCAUCGGGAUGACGCCUCAGGAUGGAGGGCUUGCCCCAGAGGCCAACGCUUUAGUGAAAGGACUGCGAAAGAUGCCCAUGCUCCACGAUGAGGAGUACGCCAAGGAGAUCGGCCUGAAAGACAACACCCUGGUCCUGCCGCCGACUGAACACAAUAAGAGGGUUGUGUACACUGUUCUAGAGUACAGCCCUUUGCUGGAUUCCUCCAACAUUUCCAUAGAAGACUGGGGUACAAUUGGAAAGGACAUUGAGAAAAACUAUGACGACUUUGACGGUUUUGUGAUCCUGCACGGCACAGACACCAUGGCUUACACAGCCUCGGCCCUGUCCUUCAUGUGUGAACAUUUGUGCAAACCAAUCAUCCUCACCGGAUCUCAGGUGCCGAUCUUUCGGAUGAGGAAUGACGGCCGAGACAACCUGCUGGGGGCGCUGCUGAUCGCAGGCCAGUUUGACAUUCCUGAGGUGUGCUUGUACUUCUACAACAAACUCUUCAGAGGGAACCGUGUGACCAAGGUGAAUGCUGAGAGUUUCGACGCCUUCUCCUCUCCCAACCUGGAUCCUCUGGCCAUCGCUGAAGUGGACUUUUUAAUCAACUGGGAUACGGUGCGGAGGGCAGACCACACAGCACAAUUUCAUGUCAGCACCGAGCUGAAUUGUAACGUGGGGCUGCUCAGGCUGUUCCCAGGAAUCACUACUGCUACUGUGACGGCUUUCCUGCAGCCGCCCAUGGAGGGCGUAGUCCUGGAGACCUACGGCAGCGGAAACGCCCCCGAUAACCGACCUGACCUGUUGGCGGCGCUGAAGGAGGCCACCGACUCCGGGGUCAUCAUCAUGAACUGCACCCAGUGCCUGAAGGGGACCGUGUCUGCUUCGUACGCCACCGGACAGGUGUUGAAGGACGCAGGGCUAAUAGCUGGUGGAGACAUGACUCCAGAGGCGGCCCUGUCUAAGCUCUCUUACGUAUUGGCCAAGAAAGAGAUAGAUUUUGAUGUCAAGAAAAAGAUGAUGGGUAAGAACCUGCGCGGUGAGGUGUCCGACUUUCCCGAAACCAAACUGUCUCUGAGCGACGGCCGAUUCAUCCAGGUCAUCGCCAGGUCCCUGAACGCCAACUACAAGGAGAAGCUGGAAGCCAUCCGUGAGGCCCUGACUCCCCCACUGGCAUGUGCCGCCGCUAGGAUCGGAGACAUAGAUGCCCUAAAGGGCACUAACUUCAGUCUGAGUGACUACGACGGACGCACACCCCUACAUAUCGCUGCCUGCGAGGGCCACCUCAAACUGGUGGAGUACCUCCUGAGUCACGGAGUCAAAGUGCACGCCAAAGAUCGCUAUGGGGACACGCCCCUGGGGAACGCUGUGCGCUUCAGACACAAGGAGAUGGUGAAGCUGCUGAGGAAGGCCGGGGCGCAGCUUUUCAGAGACGAGUUGGACAAAGCAGGGACUGAACUGUGCAGCCUGACGGCCAGCGGGGACCUGGAGGGCCUCGAAAUGUGGGAACUCGCUGGAGCCGAUCUGAAUCAACGCGGCUACAAUGGACAGACAUCCCUUGAACUGGCCGGUGCUCUCGGCAAAAAAGAAGUGGUGGCAUUUUUAGAGCAGCUCAAAAAACCCAAGCCUGUGUUUGGUGAGAUUCGUGAGCAGCGUGAUGAUGAGUGAUCGAGUCUCCAGCAACCCAGAGGACUGUGAGCUGUCGUCGACCAACAAGAAUCGUCCUCAUGACUCCGUCCUCCUCACUCCGUCCAGCGCACCAAUACAUGCCACAUGUUUCCUGAGACCUACUGGGAGUAAAAGAAAAUGUAGAAAACUCUUCUCCAACUCUUUUAGUACACACAACAGCAUUGGGAAGAGGAAGGUUACGUAGUACAGUUACGUCACUUUGUAAAAUAAAAUAGCAAUAUAUUCAGGAUUAAUUACAGGGUCAGCUGUGUUGUCAUUCAUUUAGAUGUCAAUUUAUGUUCUUUGCGUCCAAGAUUACGAACAAAUGACUUGAGACGAGUAAACAAUUUAAAACACCCCCACUUGUUGUUUGGUUUUGAAAAGUAAAAAAAAAUCUUGGUCCUUAUAUUUUACAUCUGUAAGAGAAUCUUCUGUGAUGUAUUAAUGUCCCACUGACAUUUCAAGAAAGCUUGUGUGUGCGUAUUUGUGUGUGAGAAUGAAAUAGUGAGUUUUGGAUAAAAAAAU